CUCCACAAUCCUUCCACGCACAGUCUGUCGGAGAGGAAAUACACCUCGACUUUGAUCGGACUCUGGUUGGGAGUCGAGGAGCGACAAGCGUCGGUUUCCGCGCGGUCCGAAGAUUUCGCACAUCGCGCGACUAUAGUCUCUUUGGCCCAUACUCUCGGUGAGUGUGCGGAUGUAGCUAUGCUUCGCGAUGAGUGGUGUCUGCGCGGAAUGCGGUUGCGAUCAGAGGGGUCAAAGCCGCAGACAGCCUUGCAUGGAUACGAGGGAGGCAUGAUGAGUCAAUGUCGCACCUCAAGCCGAGAUAGCUCGAUGGGUGUCGGCUGCGUUGAUUGCAGAUGGCUCGAGCGAUCGCUGGGACGCAUGGGUGCAGUCACGAAGCUACGUGAAACUCACGACGUAUAUGCUGCCUCGUUGGUGCAUGGCUCGAGCCGCGCAGCUGUACAUGCUGGCAUUGCCUGCCUCGAAUGCUGGGUUUGGUGUUUGAACUCCAAUUGCAGGGCGCAUCGCACGGCUAGAGUCGCUCAGAUUUCGAUGCAUGCUGGUCAUAUGCCUCAGAUGCUAUGGCUACGCUGGCAUGAUGCGAGUGCCGCCGGUAGCUCGAGGCGGGCCAUGAAGGACGAAUCAGAAUCAAGGUUCGUGAUUGAUUCAAUUGCAUCGCGAGUGUUGGCGUCCGCCAUCGAAGAACAGCGCAUACGUGCUGGUCUGCUCUGAAGCGGAGGAAUGGCUUGCGUAUAUCCAUCACAGCAUCAGCGCAGACUCUAUCACUGCACGAGGUGCGACGAUCGCGCUGAUUGCUGAUGGUCUGGCUCAUCGAUUCGCAAUCGAAGCAUCGUAGCUGCAGUGGCACGAAUUGAGGUCAAAGUCAAAGUGCUACCACGCCUUGCUUUGCGCCUCUUCGAGCGUCAACAGCAGUCCCAAGUCAUCAGAUGGGCGUCUGGACAUUUACCAGCAGCAACUGCGCCCAGACUCGUUUGUCUCGUUCAUUGUAGCCAUUAUGCGUUUGUUUGCGCGUUCUGUACGCUGUUCG